AAAUUAAUUGCAGUCGAUGAUAAAAUUGUUACGCAAUAUAAUAGUAGUAUUACGUAGAUACAAAAAUUCUUGGAAAAAUGUAUUAUUAAUUAAAGUGCGAAUUAAAUGCUCGUCAAGAAUUUUAUAACGUACGUGCAAGAACUCAACAAUCUUAAUUACUUUUAAACUUUUUCCGCUUAUAUAAGUAGUUCACCAUUCGACAUAUUUUUUUAAAUUUGAAUGAUGUUCUUUUAUUUUCAAUUAUACGAAAACAGCUGCGAAACGACUUUGUAAAUCUGCAGCCGUAAAUACAUAUUAACGUCCCUCAUAAUUCGAUUUUAAAUUAUUGCCGAGAUUCUUGGGAUGUGAUACUGGGAGAUACUCGGUAUACCUGUCAAGCAAUCUUCACUUACUAUAAUCUGUGGCGAGAUUAAGGUAGUUUUACAAUCUCGAAAGAUCGGUUUGUUCCUGGCGAAAAUCAAACCAUCAUAAUCUGUCACUGUCCCGAAAGGCCGACGAAAAGUCAAUACAUCUACCUGUGGACCUUCUUUUUCGCGGACAUUCCUUAUCUUCUCUCUCUCUCUCUCUCUCUCCGUCCCUCUCGCGCGCUUUCUCUCCUCUCUCUCUUUUUCUCCGGUGAUAGGCCGACAGGGGGCCGUCGAAAGUAAACAAAAGCGAGUCGACUGCGGCUGACAGCGGCAGUGGUCGUCAAAGUGAGUCUCGUCUGAACGACGUCAACCGUAGAACGGUAUGGUGGCGUACAGCUGUACGCACGCAGGUGGUGUACGCGUUGUAUAUUGUACGUAUGUGCUUCUACAACGUUGAACGCGUUGCGCGUCCGUGAGACGCGUCCGAGUGCCGUUGUGUCGGUUAUAUUCAUACGUUUGCGAAGACCCGUGUCCUUUGAUUGAUCGUGAGGAGGUGCCGCGGUGGAUUAGCCGGAUGAGAUGCGGCGGUGGUGGACGAUUCGUAGCCUGGUGGGAUUGUCGACGGCGAAUUAUCGACAGCGGGAUUAUUCCUAAGGACGAGGUGGCAGAGGAUCGCAUCUCCGGCAUCCACCAGCGGACUCCAGCGGGAGUCCCACGAAUCCCGCGAUCGCUUCAGCCACUUUGUCAGAGGCAGCCGAUCGGGGACUGAUCGGAGAUCCCCGAGAGAAGCAAUCACGAGUUAAGGUAAUCAGAUAACCAAGUGUAAUAAGGUGUGCAAAUUUAUUCUACAUGAAACCGGUAGAAUAACGCUGUAGAAGUUUAUUGCGCGAAGGAGCAGAAGUCAAGAUGAUAACGGUGCCGCUAUCAGCCUCCAGUCCCUACAGGUCUUACAGCGAUGGCAGUAAGGUCGCUAAAGAGCCCUUAGUGAGAGCGUCGGAAGAUCAUUCUUCGCCGAAUGCGCAAAUUUAUAAAGGGCCCUUGAAAGACAUGAAGGAACAUUCGGCAACCCAACGAAUGGAGAGAGAUAAGGACUUGCCACAGCGGUCGCAGAGCAGCGCGGCUAGCUUGACGUCUAUAGGUGCCGAUAUAUCUCCGAGCUCUUCCCAAUUCUUCGAAGUAUUCUAUAUUGGCAAAAUUAAAAUAUCAAAUCCGAAAGUACCGGAAUCUUUCAUUGACGACGCGUUGAUAAAGUUUCGCGUUCAUGGACUCGAAAAAACGAGAUCAUCAACGAGUAAUCUUCUGUCAGAUUGUCAACGGCUAAAACGUCAAGCUUUGAUGUCUUCCAUUAAUAGGAGAAAUAGUACGGAAUCUACCGCCAGUGAAUCAGGCAGUAUUGAAAACGUGUCGGGAAACAGUAUAAUUCCAAGCGUGAAUCCGCUUGGAAUACCGCCAGUUUUAAGCGGAUCCGUGGAGACUUUUCCAAGAACAACCGUCAAUCCCGAAAACGAUGGUCGUGAUGAAAAUCGGACAUCUGAAUCUUCCGCUAAUUCUAAUAUCACUGUACCUGAAAUCAUGCGAAAUCGUGCAGCAUCUACCGGUAGUGUUUUAAGCGGCAGAAGAGAUUCCGCUAUUAAAGGAACCGAUGAUCACAAUCGCACUAUGGUUUUUCAGGUAGGACGAUUUGAUCUGAGAUUGAUUAGCCCUGAUAGAAAACAGAUUCUUUUGCACAAACAAUUGAAGGAUGUAGCUAGUUGCGCGCAAGGCAUAAAAAAUUCUGACCACUUUGGAUUUAUUUGUAAAGAAUCGGAAUAUUUCAUCGGGUAUGUCUUCAAAUGCCAAUCCGGAUCAGUCGCCGAUGAUCUUGUUGCAGCGAUUAGCCAAGCUUUUCUUACGACUUGUGAUGCCGUAAGGAAGGAAAGAUAUCCUGUAUUUUCUUGCGAGCAUUGUCCUAUGUACUGGUAUAAUAAAUUAUGCCAAGAAAUUGAAGUUUUAGGACAAAAUGAUAGAAGAGUUCAAAGUAUUAUCUUUUCCCGUAUGGAAUUAUUACCGGAGGAGGAGCAAGAGAUCGUUGUGAACAAAUAUAAGGGCGCUGAGGCUGCGGGUAACAUUGGCGCAAGCUUCUCAAGUCUACGAGAGCAAAAUCAAUUCCUAAUGCGACUAUUGCGUGCUCAUUGCGAGUCGAAACAAGCUAGACAUGUACAUGACACGGCUGAAAAUAGAAGUGAAUUUCUCAAUCAAUAUCUAAACGUUGGCGUUGGUAGCACGAUAUUUAUGAAAGCAAAACGCUCUCUUACGAACAGUUUUGAUAAUCUUAUGAAGAGGAGAGGUUCGCGUGACGAUUUUGGCCUGGGUCCACAGCUAAGAGAUACAAAUCAUCUGAAUGCGGGACUACAGAAGAAUGGUAGUCAGAGUCCAGAUAAUUCGCGACAAUCAUCUAUAUUGGACAUUUCACCGGAAUCUAGUAGACCGCGAUCAUUGCGUGUCUCGCCUGAACAGCAAAUUGUAAAUAACGGACCAAAGAGUUCCAUGAUGGACAUCUUUUUGAAAGUUGGUAACUCACCGAAAACGUCUCCGACGGAGACCGACGGGAAUAGCACGAUACAAGCCAAUAGUUCGUGGCGGCAAACGAUACUAAACAGAGUUGUGACACCGAAUAAAGAUCAUAACGCUACAGAAAUUGAAAAAAUUAAUAUUCUCAAAAAUUCGGAAAUGUCCGUUAAACGUAGAUCGAAACAAGAAUUGCGAGAUUUGUGGAAGAAAGCGAUUAAUCAACAGCUAAUACUUAUAAGAAUGGAAAAAGAGAAUGCAAAGCUUAGAGAACGUCAAGAGGAAGCAACGGUAAAGAGGAUCAAACUUGAAUAUGACGAACUUAGUAGCUGCGCGCGUGAAGUAAUAGAAGUUUGGGACCUCCUUGUUAGCAAGGAAUCGCGAGUCUCUACUAAAUGUGAUAAUCAAAUGCUUUUACACGCUAUUAAGCAAGGUGUACCAAAAGGAAAAAGAGGUGAGGUUUGGCAGUUUCUAGCCGAGCAAUUUUGCUUGAAGCAACCGCCUAUAGACACUCAAGAGUUUCCAAAUUAUAACACACCGUAUGAACUUCUCCUGAAGCAACUCACAUCUCAACAGCAUGCUAUCCUUAUCGAUUUGGGAAGAACUUUCCCAAGCCAUCCGUAUUUUAGUUCGCCCUUGGGACCUGGCCAAUUAGCACUCUUCAAUUUAUUGAAAGCCUACUCCUUGCUAGAUCACGAAGUCGGUUACUGUCAAGGCCUCAGUUUUGUCGCUGGAGUGCUUUUAUUGCAUAUGGCAGAGGAUCAAGCCUUUUUCUUAUUGCGGCAUCUAAUGUUCCGUCGAGGACUUAGAAAAUUGUACUUGCCAGACAUGGCGGCAUUGCAAUUACACUUAUAUCAACUCUCUAGGCUGUUACACGAUCGCUUGCCAACUAUUUACAAUCAUUUUGACAAACACGAAGUUUCACCUACUUUAUAUGCUGCUCCAUGGUUAUUGACGCUGUUUUCUAGCCAAUUCCCCUUAGGUUUUGUAACCCGAGUUUUUGAUUUGCUUUUUCUGGAAAGCUCCGAAGUUCUUUUCCGUGUAUCAGUUGCAUUAUUAGAAGAACAUCAAGAUCAAUUGCUAUGUUGCGAUAGCUUUGAAGAAAUUAUGGAAUAUCUUAAGAUACGUGUGCCGGCGAUAGACAAACAAAGCUUAGAUCGCAUAAUGAAACGUGUAUUUUAUCCCGAUUUAGAGAUCACAAAACAAUUAAAUGAAUACAGAGUGGAAUAUCAAGUGCUCCAAGAGGAAAUGAUAUCGGUAAAACCACAAAUAGAGAAUUUGGAGAAGUUUAAAGUAAGAAAUAAACAACUCACGCGAGAAGUUGCACAGCUUAGCGAUCAACUUGAGAUUACUAUGAGCAACUUACAUAGGCUCGAGACAGCGCGUUCGAUGCAACAAGCGACUAUUCACAAGUUUGAGUCUCAGAAUCGCAGCCUUGAAGUAACGGUGGCCACAUUAGGUGCAUUUAUUCAGCAAUUAGCGGAUACACGAGCCGAUAUCGAAGUUCCGGGCGAAGUUCGCAGGAUAAUCGCACAAUUGAAUAUGGUCGAGAAACGACGAAAUGCUGGCACUAAGUCAUACCCUUUAAAAGUCAUCGAGGACAACAAGUACGGAAUAAUAAAAAGUAAUUCGACUGGAAGAGAGUCUCAAAAUCUAUUGAGGAACAACAGCAUGGACACGCCGUACCCUUUGAAGUCAACCUUGAGUCAACCCAACUUGGCAACGAAAUUAGAGAAAGUCUCUUCAUUCUUCUCGAACUCGCACAAUCACAUACAGAAGCAACGCGCGCAGUUAGCAGCUCUUAGAAACGAAUAUUCCGAACAAAUAAGAGGCAAUAACGAUGAGAACGAUCCUAAAUCGGUGAACAUCGACAUUCAAAUUACGGACACAAUGAAUCUAGCGAACAAUCCGAUCCCGCAGGACGAGAACAAUUUAAAAGUUCCGACUACUAAUUUGGAAAAAUCGAUAUCGUUACCACUGAAACUGAAGUUGAAAUCGUCCAAGUCAGCAUACGAAUUAGGCUCUGUAAAAAAGGUUCCGACUAGCAAGCUCGAAAUUACGAGUAACGAUUCGUUAACAAAUUUGACAGGAACCAUACAUCCACUCGACACUUGUAGCGAUGUGAAUUUUCGGUUUAGCGGAACUACGAAAUUAAAGUCUAUCAAACCUGUGAAAUCUAGUCAGAGUUGUCAGGAAGAUGGUAGUAACAAACAGAAACCUGACCAAAUUUCCGACCCUUUAAAUAGAUAACAAUUAUUUUCCAAUGCGUCUUCAAACAGCAUCUUAUCGAAGAGAAUUUUCAUAAAAAAUAUAUAUUUGAAACGAUACUGGUGAUGAGUAGCUUAAAAGUUUAUUUAUUUCCGCGUUUUUGAACAGGCAUGUUUCAAAACUGACUAAUUUAUAUAAUGAUCGCGGAGGGAGGGAAAAAUAAUUUUUUUUAUUCUUACUCAGAUCUGAUGUGUUUGGCAACACACAUUACAAGUUGUGAAAGUGAAAAAUGUUCCAUUGAAUAUUGAACAUUUGAAAAUUUCGCAUCAAGGUGUAUAGUCGAUUAAAAAUCCAUUGUUUCUAAAUAAAUAUUUAAAACCAUAUAAAGCAUUCAAAAAAAUAAAAUAGAUAUCCAAAUAAGGUACUAAAACUCACAUAUGCAACCAAUUUCAGAUUGCCAAAGGAAGUGCCAAACUUUCUCUAUUAAAAUAUAUUUUAUAGUAAAAAAAUAAUAACGAUUUUAGUUACUUAGAGAUAAAUACGUAUGUAUAUAUAGACACACAGAUUCAUAUACUGCAUACAUAUAGUAUAUGCAUGUGUAGAUGCGAUUAUAACGUUGAAGAUAUAUUGAUAAAAAUCAUUAAUGUAUAGACUAUGCACUGUGUAAGUUUCAAAGAAUUAAGUAUUACUAUUUUUGCACAAAACAAGCCUUGUGUGAUAUCAGGGAUAGUUAACAUAUACAUAUACUCUGUUCUUUAUAGUUCUUUAAAGUUUUACCAUUGUUGACAUAGUAUGCGACAGUAGUAUUACUGAUAUUUAAUAUUCAUAUCAAACCGUGUAAAUUAGAGAAUAGUAAAUUAUUAAUUCUCUAUAAAAAAAAUAUCUGAAAUUGACAUUUUAACAGAUAUUAAUGUGAAAUAAAGAUAUGCGUAAAGAUGAUAAAAUUAUAUUUUAUAGUAUUGAAGUCACUGUAAUAUUUUAUCAGCUAGUGAUUAUGUGUAACUGUAGCAACAUAUUAUUUGUAACGAAAUAAUGCAAGUAUAAAUCAUAGCUUGUGACAGAAAUAAAAAUAUUCUGUAUGUAA